AUGCCCAAUAAACCGGACAAAUUUGGUAUAAAAUUUUGGUUAGCAUCCGAUGUACGUAACAAAAAUAUAAUAAACGGCUUUCCAUAUUUGGGAAAAGAUGAAAGUAGAAAACCCUCAGUUCCUCUUGGAAAAUUUAUCACUAUGAAAUUAGCAGAACCGUAUGUAGGAUGUGGAAAAAAUAUAAACACGGACAACUUCUUUACAAGCCUACCUUUAGCAAUAAAACUUUUAGCAAAAAAAACUACGAUUAUUGGGACAAUUAGAGCAAAUAGAAAAGAGCUACUAAGACUGGCAAAACUGAAAAACGACGACAUGGCACUUUUCUCAACCAAACUAUAUCGCUCAAUUAAUUAUAUGUUGACAAUUUACAAAGCCAAACCAAGAAAGAAAGUUCUAAUUCUCAGUUCAAUGCACAACCCCAUACAAGUUGAAGAAAAUGACACCCGAACACCGGAGACAAUUCAAUUGUAUAAUAGCACCAAAUUUGGCGUAGAUGUGACCGACCAAAUGGCCAGAAAUUAUUCAGUAAAAUCUAAAUCUUGGAGAUGGCCUUUGCAAGUAUUUUUUAAUAUCUUGGAUUUAGACGGGAUAAAUGCAUGGGUGUUUUAUAAAGAAACUAUGGGAGGAGAAAUUUACAAGACAGGAAUUUCUAUUCCAAUUGGCAGAAGAACUUGCCAUCGAAUAGCAACAAGAGCUCGGCAAAGAAAAUCAAACAAUACCCAUCGCAAGUACAAGUACAGGUUCCCGUGA